AUGAAAAUUAGUGUCGGCCAAAAACGAACAUUAGAAAUUCUGAUAGAAGUAUUCAAAAAGGCAAUGACAGAUAUCAAUUUGGACGGUCAAUGGUUUGUCGACGGUGGAACACUUCUGGGAUCUAUCCGACAUCACGAUUUCAUACCUUGGGAUGACGAUGCUGACUUUAAAUUAAAUGUCAAAUAUCGUCCAGUGGUUCAAGCUGCUCUGAAGAAACUUGCUCCCAAAUUUCUCACUAUCAAAUGGGGUGGGCAUGAUAAACUCUACUUUGCUCCAUUUAAUGCCUCAACAAUUGUCACUCCCAACUCAAUUGGCAGCCAAGCCAUUGGUAGAUAUCCAUGGGCAUGGCCAUUCAUCGACAUUUUUUACUAUGAGGAAUACCAACCUAAUUUUGGCCGAAAUUACAGAGAUCCCAGUAGAAAAUAUCCCCUUAGUGAUAUAUUUCCCUUGACAUAUCGGCCAUUUGGAAAACAGUGGUUACCGUCACCGAAACGACCAGUGAGUUUCCUCAAAUCCUGCUACGGUACCAAGGAGACAGGUUGCAGAUCUCAUCAUUGGUCACAUGCCAUGGAGAGUGGAAAGAUGAUAGUGGUUGAGAACUGCAGAAAAUUGAUGAGAAAAUUUCCCUUUGUGCAGCGAUGUCGGGUUCCAAAACGUGAGUCUAGAGGGCGAAGCUCUGGACUCUGUGAUGAAUAUCUAUUGAAUGGACAUGGACAUGUCAUUCACAAAAUUCGUCUUCCACUUGACGCUGAUGAAUGUGCUUCCUCAUUUUACACAGUCAGACAUGAAUCAUUUAAAUGUCCACGGUAUUGA